ACUCUCUGAGGAUUUAUUAUUUGAAUGCGCUAAAGCCGCUAUGCAGAAGUUUGUGAUACGGUCUGCUGCUGUUAUUUGUUAAAAAGCUGCUUAUGAUCCAUAGGAAAUCCUUAUUUCAUAGAAAUAUGACUGAUUUUGUGAGCCUCAAUGUCGGAGGGACAAUAUACACAACAUCCCGAGCUACCCUGAUUCGUUUUCCGGAUUCUAUGUUGGGAUCAAUGUUCAGUGAUCGCCUCCCAUCCACACAAGAUGAUAAGGGGAACUACCUAAUUGACGGUGACGGGCCAUUGUUUCGUUAUGUGCUGAAUUUCCUGCGGCGGUCCAUCCUUGUCUUGCCCGAGGACUUCAAAGAGCUGGACAUGCUCGCACAGGAGGCCGAUUACUACCAGAUUAAGGAGUUAAUUGAUGCUGUGUCUCAGCUCAGAAUCACAGUUGCCAUGGCUAAGGAGGAGGAGACAAGGGCAAAGGAACGCAUCCAGGAGCAAGAGUUUCUUGAGGCCGAGUUUGAAUGUGCAAAUGGUCGUUGGAUUAUAUUUGGAAGCUCUGACACCCUUCAGAAAAUCCCGAUAGUCAUGGAAGGAUUUGGGAACCAUCUGCGGCUGGUCCGCAACCAGUUGGACCACAUUUUUGGUCCAGAGGAGAAUGGGUUGAUUGUGCCAAGGGAGCAGCCGUUGUCCCGUGUUAAGCUUUUCAGGCAAAUCACUCAGUUGGGUUUCAAACUUGCAUCAGUGUCCUCAAGUGGUGGAGAUGAGAGGUCAACAGAUCGAUGGGUUUUUACAAGAGAGGUUAAAUCGAGCAGUACUACCUGUACAACUCCGACAAAAGCAAAAUAAAUUAUUAAAGUAAAGACUAAUGAAUGGCUGGAUUUGUUGAACAACUUUCUCUUUGUUCCAUUGGGCUAUCUUUUUUUUCACC